AUGGCGCAGAAAGGAGUUCAGCUGGACCGAGAAACCUUCUCUUGUUCCAUCUGUUUGGAUCUACUGAAGGAUCCGGUGACUACAACCUGUGGACACAGCUACUGCAUGAACUGUAUUAAAAGUUUCUGGGAUGAAGAGGACAGGAAGGGAAUCCACAGCUGCCCUCAGUGCAGGAAGACUUUCACACCGAGGCCUGUCCUGGAGAAAAACAUCAUGUUAGCAGCUUUAGUGGAGCAGCUGAAGAAGACUGGACUCCAAGCUGCUCCAGCUGAUCACUGCUAUGCUGGACCUGAAGAUGUGGCCUGUGAUGUCUGCACUGGGAGGAAGCUGAAAGCCAUCAAGUCCUGUUUAUUCUGUCUGGCCUCUUACUGUGAGAAACACCUUCAACCUCACUAUGAUGUAGCUCCAUUAAAGAAACACAAGCUGGUGGCCCCCUCCAAGAAGCUCCAGGAGAACAUCUGUUCUCGUCAUGAUGAGGUGAUGAAGAUUUUCUGUCGUACUGAUCAGCAGAGUAUCUGUUAUCUCUGCUUGAUGGAUGAACAUAAAGGCCAUGAAACAGUCCCAGCUGCAGCAGAAAGGACUGAGAAGCAGAAGGAGCUCGAGGUGAGACGACUAAACAUCCAGCAGAGAAUCCAGGAGCGAGAGAAAGAUGUGAAGCUGCUUCAACAGGAGGUGGAGGCCAUCAAUGGCUCUGCUGAUAAAGCAGUGGAGGACAGUGAGAAGAUGUUCACUGAGCUGAUCCGUCUCAUCCAGAAAAGAAGCUCUGAUGUGAAGCAGCAGGUCAGAUCCCAGCAGGAAACUGAAGUGAGUCGAGUCAAAGAGCUUCAGGAGAAGCUGGAGCAGGAGAUCGCUGAGCUGAAGAGGAAAGACGGCGAGCUGGAGCAGCUCUCACACACAGAGGAUCACAACCAGUUUCUGCACAACUACCCCUCACUGUCAGCACUCAGAGCAGAAUCUGAAGUCUGGAGAUUGGAUGUUGACAAGGCCAUGGAGAGGAAGUGCUGGUCCAGUCCACGGUGGGAAGAUCCAUAUCGGAUGCUGCUGACGAUGACCACAGCAGUGAAGAUUGCUGAAAGGAACACUUGGAUACAUCAAGCGCACUGCAAGAAGGUAACACACUUCCUGGCCGACUCUGGGCGAUGGGAUGGCUGCAGGAUGGAGAACAUGCAGAAAAACAUUGGCAGCAGGAAGUUCGCCUUCAGCAGCUUCCAGCUCCUCACCUUCCCCAAACUCUACAGACCUCCGGAUUAA